AUGUCUUCGAGACAACACUAUCCUCUGAAUCCUACACCUUUUCCCUCCGCUGGCGCAUACGGACCAACAGAUCAUGCAAUAGGUCUAUUUGCGUCUCAAGCAAGAAGAAUCUACAUCAAUCUUUCGCGAUAUGCGAUAGAAUACCUUGAACAUACCGGCAGAGCUCGUGACAACGAAUUGCUUCACCACUUGAUGGAGCAAGCCUUGUACACGGCAGUCACCAAUGGUAGGAUCAAUGAGCAGAUGCGUCAAGAGAUAUUGAGGUUGAUGGGAAGAUACCUUGCUGGAGGACGACCACGAACUAUCACAACUAGCACAACCGCUGUGCGUAAUGUAACUGUUGUCAGAAACUCGACGACUGAGCAUGCUCCUUCGAACCAGCAUCAGCGGGAUGGAGGGACUAAGGAGCAAGAGGAUCAGAACCAGGAGAAGGAAAAAGAAAAGGGAAAGGAGACAGAAUUGGACGAGGGCUCGAGUGCGGGCGAUGCAACGGAAGCGGACGUGUCGGAUUCGGCAGCUGGCUCUGCGAUGAUAGGAUCCUCGAAAAGAACUUCAAAUCAAAGGAGCCGGAAUCACAAGCCUGGCACUAGUCUCGUCGAUGUCCUCGCACAGAUGCCAAAACGAGAUGUGUGA